UGCCCUCAGUGAUGCUGCAGGCGUUGUAUAAGUUGAAGACGGCGAAGGUGUUUGAGCGCUCCCGGCGAUCGGAGGAGAAAGGAGGGUCAGAGAUGGUGGACGAGGAUCCGUUUGCCAUCCAGACGCUGAGCUGGUGUCCAGAGAGCAGAACGCUGUGUGUGGCCGGAGUCUCUGCUCACAUCCUCAUCUACAGGUUCAGCAAACAGGAAGUCACCACCGACACCCUGCAGCUGCUGGAGGUGCGUAUGCAGAGUGAGUUCAGUGAGGGGGACUCACCUGAGUCACCUGAGCAGAGCCUGCCCCCCCCCUCCAGCCCUCAGGAGGCCGACGCCCCCCCUCAGACCCCCAACUGUGACGGGCCCAGAGACAACAAACCCUGCCUGCAAGUGCGCUCCUCUCCUCUCAAACAGUCUCCAGGUUUCCAGGUGGAGUUGGUGGUUCAGCUGCUGUGGGUCAGUGGGGAGCCUCCUCAACCAAUCACAAGCCUCGCUGUCAACUCAUCGUACGGCCUCGUGGUGUUUGGGAACAGCAGCGGCCUCGCUGUGGUGGACUUCCUCCAGAAGACUCUGCUCCUCAACAUGGGAAUACCAGAGCUCUGCAGCCCAGCAGACCCUCACCUGAGGCAGCCCAGAUCCCCCCGCAAGACCAGGCACACCUCCACAGCCCCACAUCCCAAACCCUCAUGAUCUCAAAGGUCCUGACACACCAAGCCGACUUCGGCCGUCGGUAGAUGGCGAUAGAUGUCAGGCCGUCGGUGAGCGUCGUGUCUGUCACUACCCGAUCUGCAGCCCUGCCCGAUCUGCAGUGCCCAUGUGCGA